CCCCGACCCUAAUGGCGGCCUCGAGCGCCGCCGCUGCUGCCGCCGCCUCUCCUCCGGCGCUUUCCCCAGCCCCAGCUGGCCUUCCCGGUGCAGGCGCCGGAGCCGCGUCAGCCCGAAGUAAGAAGCGUCCCUCGAGCCCCGGCAACGGCAGCUCGGCGAAGAAAAGACGGGUGGCCGCACCGGGCGGAGGCACCCCCGGACUGGGCUCUCAGAGUGCCAGUGCAGAGAAGGGGAGUGAGAAUAAAAUGGUGCCCGCAGAUGCCAGCAUGGGGCCAGCAGAGACUUCUGCCAAGCUGUUGCCUUUCAAGGCACCCAGCUUCACCCACUCCAGCAUCGGAGGAGCUGCAGCUGGAAAGAAGAACAGAACCUGGAAGAACCUGAAACAAAUCCUCGCAUCGGAAAGGGCAUUGCCAUGGCAACUCAAUGAUCCUAGUUACUUCAGUAUUGAUGCUCCUCCUUGCUUUAAACCAGCCAAGAAAUACUCUGAUAUUUCAGGACUUCCUGCCAGCUACACGGACCCACAAAGCAAGCUGAGAUUUAGCACCAUCGAGGAGUUUGCUUAUAUUCGGAUGCUCCCGUCGGAUGUUGUCGCCGGCUACCUCACUCUAAGGAAAGCUACCGCUGCAGUGCCCUGAGAAGCACAAGGGAAGCCGACAUUUGGUUGGGAAAACGCAUCGAAGGAAUGAGACUUUUGACAGUAGAGGGCAACGGGGGGGUUGCAUUUAAGAGGUUAAAAAUGUUAGAGUUAAUGUAGGGAUUCCAAUGAUGUAUUUAACUUUGUCGUAAAUAUUUACUUGCUUCUGUGAAGUUUAACAUGUUGAACAAAAAGCCCUGAGCAUUCGGCAUGGCUGUAGUUGAGUAAUCGGUCUCAGAGGGAAGGCAAGAGGAGCUUGAAUGCAGAGGAUGGUUUCUAAGUCAGACUUGUGUAAAGACUUCUGCUCUGGAGUUAGAAAAGCUGUAUGCUUUAACGUUCUUGUGUCUGUAAAGUAACACCAAACAUUUGACAAAAACUAGCGCUCCCCCUCACAGGUUCAAGAGCUGGAUAACAAAACAAGGUAGAGGAACCUUAACUAUUAACAAUCAGACAAAACCAUCCUUCUAUAUUACCUUCAUUGGGUACUGAUCUCUAUUUCAUGUAAACUUAUAAUUCAUUUUUGCUGUGCAAAUGGUCUGUAACUGGCCAAACCCGGCACUGUUUAAUUAACAUAAAAUCACAGACUGCAAAGCUCUUUUAUUCCAGGUGUAUUGCUUGAUUUAUUACACUUUUCAUUUAGAGUUGGCAUCUGCUACGGUCCACUGUUGUCGGUCCCUCGGUCACUGUGUCCGUAAUUGUAUAGAAAUAUUAAUUCCUGUAGGCCUGGU